CCGGGGGCGGGGCCGGCUCCCUGGCCUUGGCUGGCGCGCGGCUCCGGCGCCCUCCGCUUCCGCGCCGGCCAUGGAGCGGCUGACGUUGCCCGCGGGCGGCGCGGCGGCGGUGGACGAGUACCUGGAGUACCGGAGAAUUGUUGGUGAUGAUGAUGGAGGGAAACUUUUUACUCCUGAAGAAUAUGAAGAAUACAAAAGGAAAGUUCUCCCCGGGCGCUUACAGAACAGGUUAUUCGUGAGCUGGAGGUCACCAGCAGGAAUGGAUUGUAAACUUGUUGGCCCAGAAACGCAGUGUUUUUGUACACAUAGGUAUAAGCAACAUAAAACUGACUUUGAAAAGCUUCCGCAGCAGCGCCCCAUUGAGCUGCCCUGCCGGGUGGCCGGCUGCCGCUGCAGGGCGUUCCUCUACGUCCCUUUAAACGGUACCCAGCCAAUUCGCUGCCGGUGCAAACACUAUGCCGAUCAACACAGCGCUGCUCCUGGCUUCACGUGCAAUGCAUGUUCCAAGUGUUCAGGAUUCCACAGCUGCUUUACCUGUGCUUGUGGUCAACCUGCAUAUGCCCAUGACACAGUGGUGGAGACUAAGCAAGAAAGAUUGGCCCAGGGAAAGCCUGUGGGACAAGAUGUUCCUUAUGCAGCAAUGGGAGGACUAACUGGUUUCAGCUCACUGGCAGAAGGCUACAUGCGAUUGGAUGACAGUGGGAUUGGCGCACCUUCAGUUGAAUUUUUAGAUUCUCCCAUUACGGCUGCAGACCACCCGUUUCUAAAAGCAUUCCAAGCACCGUCCGGCUCUUCUCCAGAAACACUGGCAGAUGCAGGUACAAGUGGUCAAGUUUCUACCUUACGGAGAUCUGAAGAGGACGAUAUGGCUUUCUUUGAAAGGCAAUACCAGGAAAGGGCUGACAAUCGCUCAUCAAAUCACUGAAGGUGUGAGAAGGGCAGAACAGGCCGGCGCCGUGGCUCAAUAGGCUAAUCCUCCACCUUGCGGCGCCGGCACACCGGGUUCUAGUCCCGGUUGGGGCGCCGGAUUCUGUCCCGGUUGCCCCUCUUCCAGGCCAGCUCUCUGCUAUGGCCAGGGAGUGCAGUGGAGGAUGGCCCAGGUGCUUGGGCCCUGCACCCCAUGGGAGACCAGGAAAAGCACCUGGCUCCUGGCUCCUGCCAGGAUCAGCGCGGUGCGCCGGCUGCAGCGGCGGCCAUUGGAGGGUGAACCAGCGGCAAAGGAAGACCUUUCUCUCUCUGUCUCUCUCUCUCACUGUCCACUCUGCCUGUCAAAAAAAAAAAAAAAAAGGGCAGAACACGAAGUACAUUUGCCAUACAGAAGCAGAGGGAGUGAGUAGGAGACAGAGAGGCCACCGAUUUGGUGGCUGGUGAGGGCCGCAGUAGGUGCCUCCUCGCAGUGGGGUGACAGCUCUCUGGGACCGCCACUCUGAUUCAGGAGGGCUCUGCUUUCUUUUAUUUUUGGCUCUGCUUUCUGAUCACCUCCCAGGAGCUCCACCUCUUAAUACCAUCACCUUGUUGAUUAAGCUUUAGCAUGUGAAUUUGGGAGGACACAAGCACGCAGACCGUAGCAAAGAGAAGAGGUAGUCAGACAAGUGGAAGAGAGCUCAAUGGUCAGAGCAGCGAAAGAAAGGACUGUUUUUGUAGCAGCAGCAUCGUGGGUGGGACUUACACUCCUAUCAGUCUCCAUUCUUGGAAAAUACCCGCUCUAGGUGUACACAUUUUUGGAACAUACAUAGCUGAAUUUAAGUUUUUCCUCAUAGUCUUAUGCAUGACUAGGUUCUGGGGCCUGCAUUCCUCUCCAGAAGCCUGAGAAGUGAUAAUUGCCUUGAAAAUGUGUUAACGAUAUUUGCUUGUGGGAAGAUAAUGAAAAGAGUUCUCUGUCAGUGCUUUCAAGGGCCUACCUUGUCUGUUAUAAACAAAUCUGGAAUUGCUGGAUUUGUGAAAUGUAGUUUAUACCUUUCCGUCCCAUGUGAUUUAUGAGUGGCAGCUUACCAACUCCCUAGCCUGUGUGGUUAAUGGAGUGUAAACUAGAGCCAAGCCUGAUGGCUUCUCAGAGCUGACCCAUCCCCUAUUCACUGCUGGGAUAGUCCCUCUCCAGAACCACUGAAGGGAGGAGGAUUGUCGGGAAGCUGCAUCUGAUGGCUCAGUGCCUCCCGCAAGAGCAGUGCUCAACGUGCAUCUGCUUUUUGCUUGUAUCUGUAGCAAAAUCCAUGGGCAACCUUUGGCAUAGGGGACGAAUCUGUGAAAAGUAUAAGCUGACUUUGAUAACUGCAGCCUUUGUGGUAGUUUACCCAUUACUUUUAGACACAAUUUUAAAGUUGCUUUUUUUUUUUUUUUAAAAAAAGACAUUUAUUUAUUUGAAAGGCAGAGCAACACAGAGGGAAAAGCAGGGAGAUAUGUCUUUCAUCUGCUGUUUCACUUCUGGGCCAGGCUGAAGCCAAGAACCAAGAGCCAAGAACUCCAUCUUGAUCUCCCACAAGGGUGGCAGGAGCCCAAAUAGUUGGGCCACCUGCUUUCUCAGGUGCAUGAACAGGGAGCUGGAUCAGAAGUGGAGCAGCCAGGAUCCAGACUGGCACAGGCACUCUGAUAUGGGAUGGUGGUGUUGCACGAGGUGAUUUAAUGUGCUGCAUCACAAUGCUGGCUCCAUUAUAUGGCUUCUUUUAUGUAUCAUAUCACAUUACUACAAAUCUAACAUGUAAUUUAUAUAUUGGAAGGGAAAAGGGAUUAACAUUUGAGUGCUUUCUCAGUGUCUAGAUCUUUAUAUAUGACGGGGUCUUCAAAAUGCUCAUGGAAAAGUGUACUAUUAAAAAAACCUGCAUGGGCUAAAGUUUUUUUGUACCCAAUAAACUUAUCUUUUAAUUGCAUUUUCCACAAAUGUUUUGAAGUACCUUGUAUAUUAUUUAUACCUUAAGAACAACCCUGAGAGGUAGCUAUUACUGUGACCUUUUUUACAAAUGAAAAACUAUGGAUUAAAUAACUUGUCUAAAAUGCUAAUACAAGAGUCCAGGUAGGAUUCAAAUGCUCUUCUGUUAGACUCCAAAACCCAUCACCUUUGCCUAAGAAUAGGGGAUCCUUUGGGGGUCCUUCAUGUGACAUCUUGGCUGCAGGAGUGAUGAGUGUGUGGUUUCCGAAUGGGAUUCCAAAACAACUCAAAGAGGAGAGUGAGUGAGAUAAAACAUGAGGAAGAAACAGAGGUUGGAGUCAUCUGAUUUUAUUACUGGGAAUUUUUUACUUACAAUUUGAUGGGGUUGGGAAGACUGAUUUUGCUAGGCUCCUGUCGCUCUAGAAGGUAGGAGGCCGUGCCUCUGCCUACUGUGCCGUUAGUUUUUCCCCUUUCUCUAUCAAGGGUAAGGCAGUGUUGCUGCCAUUGGGAAGAUUUCUUGUGAUUGAGGGGUGGUGAGGAAGAAGCAGGUGGACUUUCUUCUUCUUUGGGGUCCUUAAGCCCAUAGCAGAAGUGCAGAGGUGUCUGGAAAGUCGGAAGGCCACUGCUUAGGCGUGUGUGCAGCUGCUUUGUGUUAACCUCGGUGGAGGAGGUAGUGUGGGACUCAAGCCUGCCCUCCAGUGUGAGAUGCUGGUGUUGCAAGCACCGCUGCACCUGCUGCCUCACGACGCCUGGCCCCUAGGACAGGAAUUCAAAUGAGGUGUGUGCAGCCUUCCUUUCUUCACAGUGCUUUACAAAUGAUUAUGUCAGUGGAUGCUUUAAAC